CCUAUAGCCACUCCUCCAUCUCCUUCAGAACAAAGAUCUCUGUCAUGUAAUUCCACAGCUCUCUUGCUCAGUAUUCAGAAAAUGCUUUUUCUUGCAAUUCUGCUGUUUUCCUACUGUCAAAUGUCUCAGCAUAUACAGAAAACUACUGCAAAUGGAAAAGAGAUGCUGUCCAAUCCCAAGCUUGUACUGGUUCAGGGGACGUUGAAUGUGGUGAUGAAGCAGAAUGUGACCCUCUCCUGCCUCUCUGAGCCUGGAUCUCCACCUGUCAGAUACACCCUGUUCAAGCACAACCAGCAGGUAUCUGCUUUAAACAGGUCAGACUUGACCCCUGCACUGUUCACCCUGACCAUCAGCUCUGCCAGCGACAUGGGGGAAUACAAGUGCAAAGCUGAGUAUAACAACUCCAGUGGUGGAAAAUACAGCAACAGCCUCAACAUCACCCUCAUAGAGCCAAUUUCCAAACCAGUGCUGAGCUCACCCACCUCUCAAGCAAAGAAAGGCCAGAACGUGACCCUGUCCUGUUUCUCGGAGAACGGAUCCCUUCCCAUCACAUAUCUAUUCUUCAAAGGAACACAAAACAUUUCUCCCCAAAAGACGAUGCAGAAGAGGGAAGCAGCUGUGAUUUUUCUAUUUAUCGACUCCCUUAGUGACUUUGGAACCUAUAAAUGCAAAGCUAAUAACAGUUUUCCCAAUAAUACAAAAUACAGCAACGCUUUCAACUUUACAUUAGCAGAAGAGAGAAGCCAUUCUCAGCCCCUGAUAAUUUCUCUUGGGCUGAUCCUGCUACUGCUCAUAAUAGGAUUUGCUCUGGCAAUUCCGUUUUUCAUAAUUCCUUUGUAUAAAGCAAAAAAAUUUAAGUCUACCAGGCCCUCAAUUGGCCUUACUUCAACAGUGAAUGCAGAGGAGUCUGAAAAUGAAGUCAUAUACUCAGAGAUUGAGCCUGUUAAACCAGAAGAAGAAUACAUCAAUUUCUGUGUUAUUAGAAGAGAAGAGGAAAAAGGUAACCUGGAAGACCCAGAUUUGACUGAAAACACAUGCACCACCAAGUUGUUGCAGUGAAACCACUAAGUCCAUGACAACGCUGAAACCAGUUCAGGCAAAGAUGUCUAAGAAAAUCCUUUUAUUCAACAAGUUUAAGUUUACAUAUUUUUGGCUGAUGUAACAUACUUAGUUAAAAAGUCCUUCAGCCUGGAAAUGUGCAUCAUUUCCUUCAUGGUGGUGUCUCUGCUUCUCAGCUGGACUACUCCAUUCUCUAGAGUGCUAUCACUUAUCAAGACCAUGAAGAGAAUACUCAUCUCAUCAUACCUGCAGAGAGAAGAACCCAUCUGUUACUGCUUUUUGUGCAUGGAAAAAAUCAGAUAACUUACAUACAAAUGACCAUAAACAUUUAGUUUUACUGUAUUACUAAGUCCAGUGUGACACCUCCAGGUUUCUUGUUGCCAUUCUUUGCUUUUCUGAUUACAUUUCUUUAAAUUACUUAGCUACUUUAGUAUAUAAGAAUAAUCUUAUUUAGUAACCUAUUAAAAGAGUAUUUUUGUACAAGCA